CUGAGCGAGGAUCGAGGUGGGCGGAGCUGCUGAGCUGAGCUGCUGGAGAUGAUCGAGGUCGAUUGCUCUUCCUUCCCGGAUCAUGGGGUUAUGGCUAAUCAUCCCUUGCAAGAGGGUGAUCAAGCUCUUGGUCCUGGAAGUAGCAAUGGAGGAUUUGCUCGAGUUGCGCUACGCGGGGCCAAGCGCGUGGAGCUGCCCAUCCAGCACUGGCGCAUCAACUUAAUCGACUUGAAAUCCAAGCUUUCCAAGAUCUUGGGUCCCAGCAAGGAGAAAGAGUACUGCAACAUCUUUAGCAGCUUUCUAAGCCACCGAUUGAGCAAAGCCGAGCUCGACAAGAGGCUGCUCCAGACGCUGGGCAGCAAGGACAGCAUCGUGCUCCACAACCAAAUCGUCCGAGCAGUCCUUUCCAACGCAAGGUGUGGACAGCCGCCACCCCGCGGAGGGUCACUCAGACCAGCAAGCGAUGAUCCGCGCAAGAACAAAUCGGACUACCACGCAUUGCCUGCUGCCAAGCGGUUCAAGCAAAGCUCCGGCAUGGCAGUGCUUAAAGUUAUGGAGGACGAGAAGGAAGAACUGGACGAGGAUGGCGAAGAUAAUGACGAAGAAGAGGAAGAAGUGCAAGCACCACUUGGCGUGCCUCUUUGUCGCCAGAGCGUGGGUGGCGCGUCGCAAAGAUCAUCCUCGCCUGUGUCGGUGGUGAGCAGCGCCGAGAUGAUGAUCAUGGAGGCGAGUGAAUUGCCCGACGCCAGCAGCAUGCAAACGCGAAUGACGCGAUUUGCAGCGGGGCUCGAGGUGGAGCACGAGUGCGCCAAUCUCGUCAACCAUGCGCUGGACAUCCACUUGAAGCGAUUGAUCAAGGCUUGUAUCCAAACGGGAAGGAGAAGAUCGAGCAAUCACCGGAUCUCGGCUCUCGACUUCCGGGUGGCCAUGGAGAAUAGCAGGCAGCUCCUGGGAGGGAACUGGCCAAUCCAUCUCGAGACACUCUCGCUACUCGAUCACCAUUACUAGAGAGAUCUUUACUGUUUUCCAUACCAUUUUUUUUACAACUUUUUCCACCUCGGUA